AUGGAAGAAAACCAGAUAACCCUGGACAACCUUGAGAAGGGCGCAGAUAACCCAGCUUUCAGCUCCGUGGGGGAGGAGCGACUCUAUGAGGAAUGUGAUGGUCCAUGUGGUGAGAGCAAAGAGGAAAAGAGAGGAGAAGGGAAAGGGAGAUUCUCCUCCUACUGCAGGAAGGCCCUGCAGCCGGCAUCCAAGGCAAAGCGCUUCUGCAAGGCUCAUGUCAAGGUGUUGAAAAGGGUCCUCCUGGGGCUCCUUGGAGUAGCCUACCUGUGCUACUUUAUUGCGGCCUGUUGGCUCAACUUCCAGCGAGCCCUUGCCUUGGUUAUCAUGACUGCUGUGGUUGUCUUCUUCAUCUGCUGGAGCCUCUUCAAGAAGCACUGUGGGGCAAAGGUAUUGCUGCUCCUCCGCCCCGUUUGGAAAGGCUUCCAAAAGGUCUGGCCGUGGCUGAAAUGGCUGCUGGUGGUGGGCCACCUGGGAGGCCUGAUCACAUGGCUGGCUUUGGACAACUCCAGAAAUCCAGAGCAGCUCAUCUCAUUAGCUGGCUUCUGCUUUUUGGUGCUGUUCCUGUUUGCCUGCUCCAAGCACCACGGCGCAGUGUCCUGGAGAGCAGUUUCCUGGGGUAUUGCCUUGGAGUUCUUAUUUGGACUCUUAGUCCUCCGAACAACCCCCGGCGUCCAAGCUUUCCAGUGGCUGGGUGACCAGAUCCAGUUAUUCCUGGGCUACACCACAGCUGGCUCCAGCUUCGUCUUUGGGGAAAAGCUCACUGAAGAAGUCUUUGCCUUUCAGACGCUGCCCAUUGUUGUUUUCUUCAGUUGUGUGAUGUCCAUCCUCUACUACCUCGGUGUCAUGCAGUGGCUCAUUGUCAAGAUCUCCUGGCUGCUUCAGGUCUCGAUGGGCACCACUCCCGCUGAGACCCUGAGUGUGGCAGGGAACAUUUUUGUGGGACAGACUGAAGCCCCGCUGCUCAUCCGCCCGUACCUUGCAGACAUGACCCGUUCAGAAAUCCACGCUGUGAUGACUGGUGGCUUUUCCACCAUUGCAGGCAGUGUGAUGGGUGCCUACAUAUCCUUUGGGAUAGAUGCGGCAUCACUGAUCGCAGCCUCCGUGAUGGCUGCGCCCUGUGCCCUCGCCAUGUCCAAACUCGUCUACCCUGAAGUGGAAGAGUCCAAGUUCAAGGGCAAAGCGAGCAUCCGCCUCUCCAGUGGGGAAGAGCAGAACAUCCUGGAAGCUGCGAGCAACGGGGCUGCCGCCUCCGUGGGGCUCGUGGCCAACAUAGCGGCCAACCUCAUUGCCUUCCUGGCGGUGCUGGAGUUCAUCAAUUCUGCCCUUCGCUGGUUCGGAGAGAUGGUAGACAUCAAGGGCCUCUCCUUCCAGGUGAUCUGCUCCUACGUCCUCAUGCCCGUGGCCUUUCUCAUGGGGGCUGACUGGGCAGACUCACCGCUGGUGGCCGAGCUCUUGGGCAUCAAGAUCUUCCUGAACGAGUUUGUGGCGUACCAGCAGCUGUCCACGUACAAGAAGAACCGUCUGUCAGGCCUGGAGGAGUGGGAUGGGAGCCGGAAGCAGUGGAUAUCUGAACGAGCCGAGAGCAUCACCACCUUUGCACUCUGCGGAUUCGCCAACCUCAGUUCCAUCGGGAUCAUGCUGGGAGGCCUAGCCUCCAUGGUACCCGAGCGCAAGGGCGACUUGGCCUCCGUCGUGCUGCGAGCCCUGCUCACUGGCAUCUGCGUCUCCAUGCUCAACGCCUGCCUGGCAGGUCUCCUUCAUGUGCCAACGGAGGUGGGCGACUGCGUGACCUUCCUCGGCACCGCCAACUUCAGCUCUACCAGCUACACGAUGUACAUGUGCUGCAAGCAGCUCUUUGCCAGCUCGGUGCUCGAGAACGGGACGCUCUCCUUCACGGGAGCCUGGGCCGGCGCGGCGGAAAGCAUGCUGUGCCUGACGCAGUGCUGCGGGCACUACAACCACACGUCCUGCGCGGGGACAACCUAGAAACGUGCAGGCAGCUGCCCGCUCCGGGGGCGAGGGCCUGGGAGCACCAGGGUCUGCAAGGCCUGGCCCCAAAGGUAGAAAAAACCCCGCAGAGACCUGUGCGUUUUGUCUCCUCCGCUCCAGUGAUGAUGGACAGCCGCGUGCACCUUGCAACCAGUACCCUUAGGUGCUGGCCCCGCGGACACAAGGGAACUGCUCCCAAAUAAAUCAUGGAAAUCCCUGUGUGCUUGCCCUCAGCCCCUCUCUGGCCCCUGACCGCGGCUGUCCCACAAGGCGUGAGAUGCUUUGCUUAGGCUGCACCCCGCAACCGCAGCUGCCGUAGCUGGCAUUUGCUACAGACCUCGCAAGCCGAACCUCCGCCAGGUGCCAGCUUUAGAGUCUGGCCCCGGCCACCCUCUUCUCCCCCGCGGGGUGCGGAUGGGGGUAAAGCCAUU